AUGCCCGUCACGCAGUUCGAAACCAAAGAGAAGUACCGUUAUCAGAACGGCUUCAACUGCCAUUUUGAGUCCGAGGCCGUCGAGGGCGCACUUCCCAUCGGCCACAACUCGCCCCAAAAGCCCCCGCUGGGUUUGUACGCCGAGAAGCUCUCUGGCACGGCUUUCACCGCGCCCAGGCACGACAACAAGCAGACAUGGUUGUACCGCGUCUUGCCGUCGUGCGCGCACCCGCCCUACCAGCCCGCCGCCGAAACCCGCACCGCGUCCGGGUUGCCCAAGGAUGACGCGUCCAAGAUGCACUACAUCCCCAAUCAGCUGCGCUGGGAUCCCUUUGACCAUGACGAGGCCAAGGACCUGGACUUUGUGUCGGGCCUGAGGCUUGUCGCCGGCGCCGGCGACCCGACGCAGAAGCAGGGCCUCGGCAUGUUCGUCUACGCCGCUGGCAAGAGCAUGGCCAACGACGCCGUCUACUACUCGGCCGAUGGCGACCUGCUCAUCGUCCCGCAGGAGGGCGACCUGGACAUCCGCACCGAGUUCGGCUGGCUGCUCGUGCGCCAGAUGGAGAUUUGCGUCAUCCCUCGCGGCGUCAAGUACCAGGUCCACCUGGUCAAUGGGCCGGCGCGCGGCUACGCACUCGAGCUCUACCAGGGCCACUUCAACCUCCCGGAGCUUGGCCCCAUCGGUUCCAACGGUCUUGCGAACGCCCGCGACUUCCAGACCCCCGUAGCUUGCUUCAGCGAGGACUUUGGUGUGACAGCGUCCGAAGGCCCGAACACAUUUGUCGUCACGGUCAAGUUCAACAACAGCCUGUUUGAGACAAAGCAGGCUCACACACCAUUUGAUGUCGUCGCUUGGCAGGGCAACUACUAUCCGUACAAGUACGACCUCGGCCGCUUCAACACCAUUGGCACGAUCUCUUUCGACCAUCCCGAUCCCUCCAUUUUCACCGUCCUGUCCGCCCCGUCGCCUGUUCCCGGCACCGCCGUGGCCGACUUCGUCAUCUUCCCGCCACGCUGGCUCGUUGGCGAGGACACCUUCCGACCUCCUUGGUACCACCGCAACACCAUGAGCGAGUUCAUGGGCCUGAUCCGCGGCGGCUACGACGCCAAGCGUGGCGGUGCCGGAGGCUUCGUACCCGGCGGCGCGAGCUUGCACAAUGUCAUGAGCGGCCACGGGCCGGAUGCCGAGAGCAACGAAGGAGCGCGAGAGGCGGAACUGAAGCCCGUCAAGGUUGGCGAGGGGAGCUGCGCCUUUAUGUUUGAGAGCUGCCUCAUGGUCGGCGUGACGGAAUGGGGCCUCCGCACAUGCCAGAAGGUACAGGAGGGCUAUAACGAGGAGAGCUGGGGCGGUGUCCGAUCGCACUUUAAGCUGCCCGAGGAUAAGAAGGUGAUCAGCCAUCUGGCCCAGUGA